AUGGCUAGUCCAUUCCAUUACCCAGAGGGCCCUCGAUCGAAUUUGCCAUUCAAUCCUAAGACAAAAUACUUUGCCGUCAGAUACUGGGGUUUCAUGGCUGCAGGAUUUGGAUUUCCUUUCCUUGAGGCUGUCUGGCAAACAUACAAGAACUAG